UGCAGUGAACAGUUAUUUAUAACCAAGUCGAACUGUCACAUUUGGGGUCAAUACGGUACUUUUAUAUUGGUCGGUAUAUAAAGGCUUUGUUUUGGCAAUCUUCGGUAGAGUUUUUACGACAGGUGGUCGACUUUUUUACGAGUGCUUAAUUUUUUUUUGUAGUCGUUAUCUCACUUUAGAAAGAUAUCGAGAUGAAUUUUGUGUACAUAUCCCUCAUCUUCCUCUCAAGUCUUCACCUCAUAGCUGCGUACCCUAAAGGCAAGAUCCACCUCGCACUGGAGCAGGCAAUGAUGAAGAAGCUGCACAAACCCUGGCGCACCAUCGACAUACCCCCAGAGUACCCCAGGAAAGGGGAGUUUGCGUGCAAGGGAGGUCUGUGUAAGACUAAAACCCCCUGCAAGGACUGUCAGGGGCCAGUACCUUUGGACGUCAAUUGGCAAUAUUACAAUUCACAUUCAAACAAUAAAAACAAUAAACGCUGAUGAAACAAU